AUGACCGGCUCAAAGACUACGCGAAAGGUCUACUCGGCCGAACAGCUACAUCGCUUGAGAGGCAGUCAGUCGCAGCCCAAGCUUCAAGAGGCCAUUGAAGCAAAGGAUAGCGAAGAUGCUGAGAUCGUGAAAGAGCAUGUCCUCCGUGGCUCGAGAUCAUUCGCAGCUCGCUCAUAUCGCUCUCGUACCUCUGGCAACUCACUACGCGUCCCAUCCACCAAGUCCAACCACGAGAACGUGCCUGCAGAAAUCUCCGAAGCUGAUGACCAACCUGUCGGUCUUCAACCUCCGCCAAAUGGCCUGACAAUGGGCGACGUUGUCCCCAACAGCCAGAGUCUACGACCAGGCCCAUUCAGGCUUCGCCCAUCUCCAACGCCAUCACUCAAGCGAAAGAAGGCUGAAGCCAUUGUGAAAGCCCACGGCUCACCCACUCACGUACGUGUCACAGCUGGAGGUCGAAUCGUGCCCUCUGAACAAUCGCCACUUUGCCACCCACGCUUUGGCUACAGUGCCAUACAAGCCAAUGGCGGACUCAUCAAGUCUGUUGCUCCAAACCAUCAAGCCGGCAAACCGCAGUGGACACGAGCAACAGAGAACGGCUUUGUGGCGCAGGACAUCGAUGGCAAUUUGUGUCAAAUUGUCGACGGCACCAUCAUGCCACUUCAGGAGGUCAAUGGUGCACUACAACUCUACAUCGAGGCUCCGAACGUUCACGGCUCUUCUCACGGCCAGCUGAAUGCUGCUCUUGCUCCACACCGUCCUCAACAGCCGACUGCUCUUCGACCGGCGAGUGCGGUCACUCCUGAGCCAAAUAUCCCCUCUCAGAUCGCCGCGCUCGAACUUGAAUACGCAAAGCUGGAGCACGAGCUAAAGGAUGUGGACAAGACUGAAGUCAUUCAUGGUCGUGGCAUGGGCAAAGGCUUCAAAGACGGCCUUGUAGCCCGGCGCCGUGAGCUCGUCAUCAACAUGGACAAGAUCCGCAAAGCGAUCAAGGCCUUGAAGAAUCAGCCUCCGCCCAAUGCGCCAACCUCACCGCGUGCCAUGGCCCCUCAGCAGUCAAUGUCGCCGCCAAGACGAGGUCCGGGAGGCAUGGGUCCUUCGUUUCACAGACCACGACCGACGCAAAUGUUCCCAGGACCAAUCGGUCCACCGCCAGCACCCGGUCCAUACUUGCCUCCUGGCGCGUUCGCACCUCAAUAUACAACACCAAGCCCUGAGGAGAUCUACACCGGUCAGCGUUGGGAUGUCCCUCCCCCGGGCAUGUUCAUGCAGCCUCCACCAUUCGAUGGUUCAAUGGGACCUCCAUUCCAGAUGAUGCCACCACUUGCAUCUGCGCCUCUGGCAAACGAUCUGCCACCUGUCACUCAGGCACAACAAAGCGGAAGUAUCCCCCAGCACGACGGCUCUUUUGCCGAUGUCAGCAUCGAAACACCCAACCGCAGUCAUGCUGUCUCUAUCAGAGCGCCAGAGUCGAAGGUGACCAACAUGAAGUCUGUCUUGAACCCUAUGAGCCCGGCAUACAAGCCAGCAGCCAUGAAUGCUGCCCCACAUGGCCAGUUCGGCGCCGGCACCAGUAUGAUGGGACCAUCAGCACCCUCUUUCCCAGUGCAUCUCCAGCGUGGGACGCAGAGAUCAUCGACUGCCACAGAUGACACCAUCAGUCCAGCCAAGAAGGACGUUCACAUGCACAGCUCAAGUAUCGCGAGCUUCAAUACUGCAGACUUUUUCCCGCGCAACACCGGCGAGUACUCAACCCGCCAGCAGGAGACUCAUCCUUCUGGUCGAUCAGAAGAGACCCAUGAGCCACACGAAGGUUAUGCUGCACGCAACAAGACUACGGUCACACCUGGUCACGAAGACUUCAGCCCCCACCGUUUCAGGGCGCCAGCCGUUCCUCCAGGUACUCCAGUCGACAGUGCGCGCAAAGUCUCGCAGCCAUUGAAUAUUCCGCGGCAACGCAAUGAUGUGCCAGACCGAGAUGCACACAACGUCAGCCCCAAGAGCAAGCGUGAGUGGCUUUUCAUCAAAGAGUGUCCUGGGCAAACUCACACCGAUGCCGACACAUCACCAGCCGUGCACGAUGGUGCUCGAUCGGACAUUGCUAAUGUCACCAACUCCUUCGACACCCUUGAUUUACUUAACAAGCCGCGUGAUUGGAUCGAAGGCUUCCAGGCAGGCUUGCAGCGCAAGCAAAUCGGGGACCGGGCAGGCGAUUCGCUUAAUGGAUAUGUCGCUGGCCUCCUGAAGUCAACUCCAGCAACGACUGCGUCAGGAUCCAGAGCGCAGACUAGCAGUCCCAUGAGACCAACAUCCCGUCGCCCAUCACCAGCAUUGCCAUCGCGAUCCUCAAGUCGGCUGAUGAUGUCCGACCAGGCCAAUACAGCACGUUCACCAUUCGAAAUGAGCAUGCAGAGUAUGGACACAUUGAAGCAGGCUGUAUACGCACCCCAGAACGAGAACGCUAUCUUGACUCCAGCUCCAGAUGGACCGCAUGUCACCGGUGAAUCUCGGAACCUUGGGGCGUGGGCGAAGGACCACAACAUCCAGCGCAUGACCGACAGCAAUGACUCUGCUCGCAUCACUGAUGUCCCCAACUUUCCCGUGCCUUCCCGCGGCUCAUCUGUGCGAGAGCAUCGCGACAUCAAGAUCAAAGACAUGGCCGACGGCAAGCAACACCCACAGAUGAAAGAUUUGCCCGCUAUUCCUGGCUUCAACCACAUCGGUGACAACAGUGGCACAUUCCUGCAGCCGAAUGCAGGUCAAUUCUCGGCAAGCCUGAUGCCGCCUACCUCGCCUACGCUCAGCACCAUGAGCAUCGCAUCUAGCAGCGUCGCUGCCGGCAGCGUACCAAACACUGGACAUCGUGUCACCAGUAUCUCGAGCAUGGACUCAAGCAUGCAGCGUCAGUGGCCAGGCAGUCGCAUCAUGACCCCAAGCGAGUGGAAGUCCGCAAGCUCUGUAGCGCAUGCUGCGGGCUUGGCAACAGGCUACUUCGCACACGCACAGUUCGAUGGGUCGCAGGACACCAAGGCUCCCCUCCGUCUGCCUGGUCAGCUAGCAGAGAUGUCCGACAAUGUUACCAAGCAGAAUUCACAGCGUGUGACAUCCAUGACCAGCACUUCUUCUGGCCCAAAGCAUGGCAGAUUCCAUGAGGGUUCGCUCGAUGGCAUGAGCAGUCCGCCAAUGUCACCACCACGCUCUGUAUCACCAAGCAUGUCCCCAGACGUAACUCCACGAGCCACACCACGUGAGAACGGCAAGAAGGACAGCAGCCCAACCAAGAAUCCAUCUCCAGCAAAGGCCUUCCAGUCCAUCGCCGAGAAGGUCGGCAUCAAGGUCGCCACCACUACCAACGGCAAUCCAUCAGGAAAGCGUCGCUGGCGCGAUGUCUGGCGCAAAGGAGGCCGCGAGGGCUCCGAUUGA